UGAGUCAAUUAAAAUUUUGGAUACGGUACCACCACGCCAUAAGACUAGACAAAAAUCACCAAUGCCUUCUCCUCAACCACGUAAAAAAUCAAGAUCUGACACAAGUGGAGGUGUGGAGAGAAGAUCCACUGAGCAAAAUCUGCCCCAUCAUGCCCAAACUGAAGGCACAAACUUUGAGAAGUCUAAGUUUGCAUCUGUAAAGAAAGAAUCGGAUGGAUUUCCUUUCCGUGGCACUCAAUAUGGGCAACCACCAUGCCAGAACACUAGACUGAAAUCACCAGUGGCUUGUCCUCAAUCACGUAACAAAUUGAAAACUAGCACAAGAUCAGGUGAUCGGUCUCAAGGGACAAACUUUGGUAAAUCUAAAAUGGCAGCUGUCAAGAAAGAAUUGGAUGAGGAUGUGGAUGGUACCUCCCCCAACACAAAUGGAGCUCUGAAAGAAGCUGAUAAAUUUGCCUCAGAAAAUCCCUUUUUCACAGUCAAAGUGAGGCCGGGAAUUCAAUCUAGACCGUCGUAAGAGAGUACUUCGAUAACAAGACACAGAUUGUGAAGUUACGGUGUGGAAAGAAAGUGUGGCCUAUCAAGUUCCUAUGUUAUCCACACAACUCUGCCUCCUUUUUUUCUGGAGGUUGGUUCCAAUUUGUAAAAGAAUGUAAAUUGGUAGUUGGAGAUGUUUGUGUGUUUGAGCUCAUCAACAGAGAAGAUGCAGUGUUUGAUGUUCACAUUUUCAGACGCCACACUUAGACAAUGUAAUUGGAGCCGUUGGUACUGUUACUAUAAAGAUGUAUCACUCAUUUUAUUGUAGUUAAGAAAUCUUAGGACUUAGGAGGCUUUUCUACCGAAGCAUAUGAUUACAUUAUGAGGAACAAUAUUCCCUUCAUGUUAUUUUUGGAUAAAUUUUAAAGUACGUUUU